CAGUGUUAGAGUCAGAACCGUUAAUGUAAUUGGUACAACCGAAAGUCCUCGUAUCAUUAUCGUAACUUCAAACUUCUCCAACGUAAACAUGUGUUCUACAUCAUGCUCUAGAAUUAUAGAUGACAAUGUGGCAUCUAUCACAACGGGAGCAGUGGGGGUUGUGUUAUUGCUACUGCUUGCAUUAUCAGUAUCUGUUAAUGUUGUUAUGGUACUCAAGAGAAGUAACAGAGCCCAUCCCUGCACGUCAGACAAAACAAGGAGUGAUGCAGUUCAAGUCUCGGGAUCAAACAACGGUGAUUUGCAAGUA